AACUGUUGCCAGCUAUGUUUGGUGCCUUGCCUCGUUUUUCCCUACAACAUUUUGGUGACCCAGAUGGGGCCAAGGAGGUAGGGAAGGCUAUUCUGCCUCUCUUGUCUCCGGGGACUGGCUUCCCUGGGGCGAUGGGGGACAGUGGUCCCCUUGACCUGCCCAGGCCAUUCUUGGCCUGAAGGAGGACACACCCAGGGCCCUGGGGCUGCCACCCUGGAGCACAAUGGAACCCACAGGCAGCAGGAAGCAGAAUUAGGGUUUUGGAGCACCACCCAUCUGAACAGGACAUGUUAUGUGAAAACACACGUUUCCAUGUUGAAGUCAUCUGGACUCUAAACCCAGCAACCUUGCUGCCCAUUGGACCUGGACAACCUGAUCACAACUGUAUUGAAGUCAUGGAUGAAAUGUUCUCCAGCAGACCACACCUGGCAGACCAGCCUCAGGGACACUGAAGUGGAGUACUUCACAGAUGGAAGCAGUUUUAUAAAAGAUGGGACUCUUUUUUUGACGGUCCCCAAAUCAGCCAUGAUGGAGAUUUCUGGAGAAGCCCAGGUCUCACAAGCCGAGCUUUCCUCCACUACACACUUCCACCAUUGUGGUAAGCCAUUCUUAUAGACCGUGGCCGCCAUUAGAAGAUGGCGCCGGCUUCCACUGUGGCCUGUGAUAAACAACUCCUUUUUUGGAGAGUUGGCGCGCAAUCCCUUACCACCCCAUGAGAGAGAUCCACGUGGCAGCUUGGGAUUGGUAUGCGGGAGGCUUUAUUAGGCUGUGCUUGGGCGCUCGGGGGGGGGGGUCACUAGAAGAUGAUACUUGAAUCAAGGCCUGAAUAAACUGCUGAAAGAAGAAUCCUGUGUCGUGUUUUCCCUUGCCGGCGAGGGGUCGCGACAAUUGGUGGCCCGUACGGGGAAUUAUAUUCCUCGAACCCAGGAUCCAGAACUUUCAGCAGUCAGGGUGGUGCACCGGUAAGUUCCCAGGUAAAGUGGGAAUCCGCAAGCAAAUAGCGGGGCGCUCUCUCUGUAAAUAGAGAGAGAGCGGGAAAAAGGGACGCUCCCCUGUAAAAGGAAGAGAGCGGGGACUUUUGUACUUUCACUUUCUUUAUAGCUCUAAAAACAUUAUGGGCAUUGCUUCUUCAGGCCCAAUUUUGUUGGCCCUAGAUGGGUUGUUACAUUCAAAAGGACUUAAGAUAAAGCAGAGUACUUUGCAGAUGUUUUUAAGAGAAGCUGAUAUAGCGGCUCCUUGGUUUGCUUUUUCAGGGAGUCUUACGAUUCCUAGCUGGGACAAAUUAGGGAAAGAUCUAGAUUUCGCUCGUGAGCAAGGCACCUUAGAGGGUGGCGUUAUACCACUUUGGAAGUUAGUUAGAGGAUGUAUAACAGAUGGUAAAUGCCAGGAAGCUGUGAGUGAGGGUCAAGCUAUUCUUGAGCAACUGCAUGAGGAAAAAUCUGAAGGAUCAUGUAGUGAAGUGGCAGAAAGUAUUAAAAGUAACAGUAGUGAGAAGGCAAAAGAGCCUGAAGAUAAAAAUAGGAGAAGGCUCUACCCAGACUUGACCGAAUUAAAAACGCCUGAGAACACAAGCGACUCAGAGAGUUCUGAGGACCUUGAUAUAUUGUUACAACAACUACAUAAGAUAAAAAUGAAAAAGAAGAAAAAGGAGACACAGGGCAUGCAGGCCUACUGUAAGAAGGGGAAGGGAGUUAACAUCGGUCAACAAAACUCUGAGGAGGAGGAGGUAGAAUCUCUAGAAGAAGAUAUGGUGCCGAUUGCCCCACCUCCGUAUGUGGGGGGGAGCCAAGGUUCCGGGAGAUCUUUUCAUGCACAAGUUUGGAGGACAGUUAAUAUAGAUAUGGGACUUGCAUACCCUGUAUUUCAGGACAAUAACAGGGGAAGAUAUCAUGAGCCUUUAGACUUUAAGAUAAUUAAAACCUUGGCAGAAUCUGUCCGCACUUAUGGCAUAGAUGCCGCUUUCACUCUCACUCAGGUGGAGGGACUUACUAGAUUUUGCAUGACUCCCUCAGACUGGGCUAGUCUAGUCCGCGCUUGUGUUUCCCCAGGGAAAUAUUAGGAGUCCAAAGUUGGCUGUUUAAUGUUUCUGGCAGUACCCAAGACUCGGAGCGAGGUAGGAGACUUAAAAUUACUUCACACAAUUCACAAUUGUUUAAUGCUACAUUACCCUCCGCAGCAGUCUGUCUCCAAUCUCCAUUCCUGUUUCUUUUGGCUAAUGUUACAUUACAGGGGAUGCUUAAUUGUUCUAAUAUUACCUGUUACUUGUCUGAGUGUUGGAAUGGAUCCUGGCCUAUGGCAGUGGUUAUGAAAAUUCCAACUUUUGUCUCGAUCCCGAUUACUGCGGAUCCAGAGUCAUUUCCUAUUGUUGAACUGAUUAGAGCCCGUAGAGAUUUUGGAAUUACGGCAGCUAUAGUGACAGCUGUGGCAGUGUCUGCUGCUGCAGCAGUUACAGCUGGAGUAGCCAUGGCCAGCCAAGUACAAACUGCUGCCACUAUUAAUCAGGUUAUUCAACAAACAUCCACCAUACUUGAAUCUCAAAGUAGAAUUAAUCAAUAUAUUUUAUCUGGGAUUCUGGCUGCUAAUCAAAGGAUAGAUCUGCUUCAAGCUUAAGUUGAGGAAUUGUCUGAUCUAGUACAUUUGGGUUGUGUUGAUCAACGUGCACAUUUAUGUAUAACCUCUGUCAGAUUUUAUGAUUCCAGAAAUGCCUCCCACAUCAUCGGGGAGUAUCUAUCUGGAACCUGGUCCAUGGAAGCAGAAAACUUGAUCCAGUCUCAACUAACUCAGAUUGCUGUUUUGAAUAGCACCCGUGUCGAACCAGUGACUUUGGGUCAAUUCACCAGUUGGCUAUCCUCUGCCUUUUCCUUUUUUAAGGAAUGGGUGGGAGUGGGCAUUUUUGGUGCUAUGUGUUGCUUCGGUGUUGUACUUUGUUUGUGGCUUCUCUGUCGCCUUAAAACUCGCCAUGCGCAAGAGAAGGCUAUGAUCAUACAGGCUCUUGCGGCCUUAGAAAAUGGCAUUUCUCCACAAAUCUGGCUUGCACAUCUUAAACAGUGAUUUCUGGGCAUGGCCAUUGCACCCCAAGUUAGUUUCACAUUGCACUGGGAUUGGCAUGUCCUCUUCCUUAUUCUCUCCCAGUGCUGAAUAGCCCUUGCACUCUGCAGGUCUUGUUACCAUUGCACGCAGAUGGGUUUCAGGACUGGUCUUUCUUCUCGGCUACAGACUCUUUACCUUCCUCUGGGGUUUAGGGAUUGUGUUGCCAACUUAAAUUUUGUCAUUACUACCAGGCUACUUGUGUUAUCCUACUUCUCGCCGUCGUCACGAUGCAGGAUGCGAGGCAAGGCACCGCACUUGAGUGAUCCCUCAACGGACCUCAAGGAAAGCAUGUCCUAUUGCAUGCGGGUUUGACAUCCACGUCCUGCCCUACGAAAAAAGGCGUCGGCUGAUAUGGGACCAGGUCUAGGGAAGGGCCCUCCUUAGGACUGAACCAUACAUUGCAGCCACUUCUGCACAGUGGGAUAGGACCUCUACUUUCGCCUGCAUUGUUUUAUAAAAUAGAAGGGGGAACUGUGGUAAGCCAUUCUUAUAGACCGUGGCCGCCAUUAGAAGAUGGCGCCGGCUUCCACUGUGGCCUGUGGUAAACAACUCCUUUUAUGGAGAGUUGGCGCGCAAUCCCUGACCACCCUAUGAGAGAGAUCCACAUGGCAGCUUGGGAUUGGUAUGCGGGAGGCUUUAUUAGGCUGUGCCU